CGCGGGCUUCCACUGCCACAAAGACCAAGAGAUAGAGUUAAUGACAGAGGCCGCAAGUUAGAGGAGAGCAGCUGCAAAGCAAGAAUGCAAACGGCGAGAGAGGAAGAACAGAGACGUGUUAAAAAGAUAGAAAUAUAACGAGGAGAAAGAGAGAAGUUAAAGUCCCGGAGGGCCUCGUGGAGCCUUUACACAGACAUGAAUAAUCGCUCCAUCGCCUGGUGGCUGAGACAGAUCGACCUGCCCCAGUACACCAGGACGCUAGAAAGUGAAUAUUAUGGUCUUGAGGGUUUGUUGAAUGUGACUGACGUAGAGCUGAGGGAAGCCGGGGUCGAGGACGCAACACACCGAGAAACCAUCAUCAACCAGCUUUUAAGACACAGACAGAGACUGGACCCGUGCUCUACUGUGCAGGUCCGGGAGCGCAGGGUGAGCAGAAAGUACUCCCUGGGAUCGUCCAUGGACCUGGUGAAGCCUGGGAAGGAUCUUUUCCGUCACAGUGUUCUACCCCGCCUCCAACGUGCCGACAAGAAACACCGCCUGUCCGCCUCCUGCUCGCAGCUCCGCCCGCUGAAUGAGGACAACGCUCAGAUCAGUGAGACGGAGCGCUGUCAGGACAGCAAACGCAGCAAGAGGAGGAGUGUCAGUGCAUACCUCAGCCAGCUGAAGGUUUUUGGUGGUCGGAGAGAGAUGGACUCGUUGAAGAAGGAGCUGGAGGAGGAGUUGAAGCUCAGCACCGAGGACCUGAGGAGCCACGCGUGGUUCCACGGACAACUGGCCCGAGAGGCUGCAGAGUCUCUGUUUGGCAGGGACGGAGAUUUCCUGGUCCGGGACUCGAGCUCUUCCCCCGGCGACUAUGUUCUGAGCUGCCUUUGGAAGAACGGGCCGAUGCACUUUAAGAUCAUACGAGUGGUUCUUCGCCCCAAACAGGGCUACGCUCGGGAGCUGUUCCAGUUCGAGGAGGAUCGCUUUGACAAUAUUCCCGCUCUGAUCCGGUUCUAUGUGGGCGGCCGGCGGCCCAUCUCCCAGGCCUCAGGUGCGGUGAUCUUUCACCCAAUCACGCGGACGCUUCCUUUGCGUGUCAUCAAUGAGCAGAACGCGGACAACCAAAGCAUCAGCGGCAGCAGCAGAGGAGCAGGGCGGGAAAAGAACAGUGAGCCCAACAAAAGACGCAGUUUGAGCUCCACCCAUGCUGAGUCAAUGCAGCUCAUCAAUCCUCUGUUAAGGACUGGCAGUCAGCCUGCGAACUUAGAGAAUGUGGGACGGAGGCCUUCUCUUCAGUCGGCCCAGUCCGACAGCAACCUGCGAACUGGUGUUCCACACACCACUCAGUCAGAGGACAACGACCCCGGCCCCAUCUCUCCUGUGUUUCGCACAGGCAGCGAACCUCUGCUGAGCCCCCGACCACGACACACACGUCCGUCCCAUCCAGGUGGUGGUGUAACUCUACGGGGCUCAGACGGGCAGCUGCACCCCAGAGCUCCUCCCAAACCUCUCAGGAUCUCUACUGUUUUUGCCAACGCUACGCCUCCUCCACCCUCAGACUCGGACGAAGACCCCUCCGCUUACUACACUGAGCUGGUCAUCCAGGUGCCACUGUCCCAAAGUAAGGGCCACGUGGACAGACUACGUGCGGAGGAGAAGUGGCAGAGCCGCGCCCGCCUCACGGAGACCUCCUUCGGCUUCCUGGAGGCCCAGAAGAACGAGGAAUCGUCACAGCCAGUGUUUGACGGAGAGCUGCCGAGGAAGGCAGCAGAGGAAGGGGAGGACUGGCAUUUUGAACGACCACAUAUUGAGUCGGAGUCAAGUUUCCAGUUGGAUAAGUUUGAGUCGCUGCUUUUACCAGAGAACAACCGACCUCUGGAGCCCAGCAUCCUGCUGACGCUCAAAGAGCUCUUCAACCGCGCCGAUGCCAACACCACCGCUCUGCACAUACUCAGCGUCGACUGCCAGGUAGCGCGGAUCGUUGGGGUGACAGAUGAGCAGAAGAGGCUCAUGGGAGUUGAAUCAGGGCUGGAGCUCGUCACUCUGCCACAUGGACACCAGCUACGACAGGACCUGUUAGAAAGACAUCAUCUAAUCGCACUGGGAGUCGCAGUGGACGUCCUGGGCUGCACGGGAACCGUGAGCCAAAGGGCAACUGUUUUACAUAAAUUAAUCUCACUGGCUCAGGCGCUGAAAGAUCACACCCACAACCUCUACUCCUUCUCGGCCGUGAUGAAGGCUCUGGAGAUGCCUCAGAUAGAGCGACUGGAGAUGACGUGGCGAGCGCUGCGGAGGAACCACACAGAGAGCGCCGUCUUAUUUGAGAAGAAACUCAAGCCCUUCAUGAAGUCGCUGAACGAGGGAAACGACUCUGUAGUUCAGGGCCCCAUCGCCGUGCCACACCUCGUUCCUCUGCUGAUGACGAUGGAGGGCGAGGACCCGGUCGAGAACAGCGACAGGGGCUGUGAGCUUCUCUUCGAUGUUCUCCAAUCCGCUCGCAGCGCUGCACUACAUGCACGAGACUACCAGGAGCACGCACACACUCUGCUCACAGGAGGCUGGGAGCCGGUCCCUGAGCUGCUGGAGGUUUUCCGGACGGAGUUCGCCCUGCGCCUGCUCUGGGGUCUGUCGGGUGCGUCUGCCAGCAGGAAGGAGCGCUACGAGAAGUUUGACAAAAUCCUCUGUGUUCUCUCGGAUAAACUGGAGCCCGUGGAGAUCACCCCACAUCAACCUGACACUUUAACCUGACCCCCGCAGGCGCCUGCUUCACUGGGUGAAAGGGGACGUCAGCAUCCAAAGACAAAAAGAUGCUUUUUGUGUGAAGGUCUGACCUUUGACAUCACACAGACGUAAAAGGGAGAAGUUAUUUUUUCCUUCACUGGCUGAACUGUUUUUGAAAUUUUGUAAAAAAGUAAUAACUGUGUGGACUGACUUUACUGUGAAAAGGACUUUGCUUGAUCCAUUUUCCUUUUGCAGGAAAUCUGACAUUGUUUACCCCAAAAAUAUCUGUUUACUUUUCCAAAUGUGCAUUUCUGAUACUUUAUACUCCAAUGGACACAGCACGGACAUUAUUAAAACUGUGUUCAGGAACUGCGGCUCUGUGGAACCACACUGGAAAGUCUUUUUUUUUUCACAUCUGACGCAAUAAAUGAAUGUUUACUUUUAGUCAUAUUUCAAUUUUUACAUGUUGCAUUUCCCAUAAACAAGAAACAGAAAAAACACAAGAAUUCAGGCUCUUUUUUUUUUUUCUUAAAUCCCAAUUUAUGACUCCAAUGAUACAAGGUAAUACAUAUUUUUUUCAGUUUAAAAAUGGAUUGUAAAAUAAAACCCCUUAAAUGUGGAGAAAACUUUUACUAGUGCAGGACAGGAUGGCACAGAAAGAGAAGUGUAAACUGUUUGUCUUAAACCUGAAGUCUCCAGUCAAAAAUCAUGUCACGUCUUGUUGCCUCUCUCGAAUGUUUGACCUUCACUGUGCAGAGUGACGAGUCGGAGGAAUCUCUCGUACGUCUCGACACUGGAAUCCUUUUCAGUGGAGUGGGAGACAUCUUGUGUCGAGCUGUUAAACUUUUGAAUUUAUAAUAUUUGCGCAUUUAUAGAUUAUAGAUCAGCCACAAAGAAGCAUUUAGCAUUUCACAUGUCGUAAAAAACAUAUCGAGUGUUUCUUUAAACAAUCCAAACCACGUUUAAAUAUUUCUUUACAAUUCGUCGCCCUUGGCUGUGACUGAAUGAGUCACAGGCUAAAUCUCCAAAACUCCCAUUUCCUCCCUUUUGAAAUCCAUCCUGUUCUCACUGGUUCUUUUAAAAUGUGUGUUUAAAUUAAGUGGCAUCUGAGGACUUGGGAAGAGGAGGAGUGCGAUGCUGGAGGUCUGAAGGCUCACAAUAUAAAAACAGGUGGUUUAAACAUGGAAAAACAAAAAGAAAAAG